AUGGCGGACAACAAUGACUUCCCUCCCUCUUCCCAGAUGAAUGAGACCAAGGACGAUUAUCCUCCUUCCUCUCAUUCUCGUGACACAGCUGAAAGCUCUCAAGACAUUCCCACAGGAAUCAAUGAAAUCCAUCCCACUGAAGGUGCCAACCCAGAGCAUACUACAGGGAGUCAUAACACCGAUCACUCUGACACAAAUGGCUUGCAUUACUGUGGUGGUCUGUAUUGUGCAGGACACAAUGAAGAAGAAUGGACGGAGAUCCAACAUCCAUCACAAGCUUUCCCUGGCACUUCUGGUGGUUUUGACCCAACUUCAAGACCUGAUUACGUACCAGGAGAAACUUCAUCCGCUCAAAAUCAGUCUCCGUAUGCCACAUCUGGUAGGGUGUGGAUAAAUCCUGCAAUGGCGGCUAAUCCUCAGUUGACUUCCAUGUUGAUGACUGCUGUUUCCACUAGUUCUCCUUUCUAUGUGGUAAGCGUUCCUAAAGACGGGAGGUCUCGCACUCAUUUUGGCGCUGAGCAAACUGGAGAAGACACCAAUGAUGAGACUGAAAAAAGUGAAGAGGAUGAUAAAGCGGAUGAUGAGGAUGCCAAGGUGUAA